AUGCUACCCGGCGAGAUGUUACCCUUAAUUGGAUACCCAGAGACGGUCAACGCGACAGGCGUGAAUAUCACAUGGGAAGGCAGUUCGACAUCUUCUAUCAGUAUUUCUUGGUCGUGGGUGUCCACCAGCAACUACCAUGGCGGCCACGUGCCGCAACACCAACUGCAGGGGACACCGCCCAAAUCUAUGGCCAGUUCACGGCAAAAACAUUUAAAACGUAAAUUUAUCAACGAUCAGUUUGUUGAAGGUUGGCAUGUUGGGUAUCAUCUGCAAAGUGGCUCGUUCCUAUCCAAGAUGCUCCCACCCGAGACCGAUUCCUAUUCUUUGACGGGACUACAGAGCAACACGCCGUACAAUGUGUGCGUGAAUGCGAAGCUAUUACGGGGUUCAACGUGGCCAUCCGCCCAGCCACGUUCCUACUGCCGAAUGCUACGGACAGUGCCAUUGAUUCGUAGAGACAGCAUUGUCGGUCUGAUUUUAUGUUUUGGUUACUAUGCCCUCAUGAUUGGCCUGGGGGUCGCCCAGUGGAAGAGACGCCUCUUUCUCAGUCGACGCUGGAAACGAAAUUCGAUUGAAGAACACAGCGAGGACAAGCAAGAGGCAGCCGUGCGCUGGAGAGAUCUGGACGACACAGACAACGAAACAUCCAGGCUGAAAAGUCCGGACAACUGA